ACCCGAACCCAAGAUGUGGUUUUUAUUUCAUUUUGCUCAUCUCUCUCGCUCCUCUCUCUCUCCCUCUCUCUCUAAUCAUCUAAUCAUAUCACACACACAUACACAUACAUAAACAACAAGUAAGAUCUCCCUCAUCUCAAUUUCUACUUACAAUUCCAAACAUUUCUUGCAUCUCUAAUUUACAUUACACUUUCUCCUCUCUCUUCUCUUCUCCUGUAUCAUCAUCAGAUUCAAGUUUUAUAAUAGUAACAGCAGGAAUGCCAAUUUAUGAUUUAUUCGUGUAGAGUAUGUAAUUUGUGUAUGUAAUUAGCAGUAAUUUAUAAGUUGAAUGCACUUGUAAUCGAUUCCCGAGCAAGCCUCGGGAUCUGCUGAAUUUCGUUACAAUUUCUGUUAAACAAAGAAGAAUAUGUCAUUAGAGAAGAAGAAUGAACACCAAGAGGUGCCUGAGGCUGUGCCUGAGGAUGAGAAACAAGUACCUGAGCCAACCUCCCCCAGCGUCGCGGUUUCUACUGAACAUGAUUGCGUUUUGCAGAAAUUUCGGCUCUAUGCAACUCAAUCGAAUUUCUAUAUGGUUGGAAGGAACAAAAAUAGAACAUACUGGAGAGUGUUAAAGAUUGACAGGCUGGAGCCUUUAGAGCUUAAUGUUUGUGAGGAUCCUACCACAUAUACAGAAAGGGAAUGCUCUGAUCUAUUGCGAAGGAUACAUGAGGGAAACAUGUCCACAGGAGGGCUUAAAUUUGUCACCACCUGUUAUGGUGUCGUUGGAUUCAUCAAGUUUUUUGGGCCAUACUACAUGCUGCUUAUCACAAAAAGAAGGGAGAUUGGUUCUAUCUGUGGUCAUACCAUAUAUGCUCUAUCCAAGAGUGAGAUAAUUCCUCUUCCAAAUCCUGUAGUUUGUUCUGACGUUGUGAAUUCGAGGAACGAAAACAGAUACAAGAAGCUCCUUUGCACCCUGGAUCUGACAAAGGACUUCUUUUUCAGCUACUCAUAUUAUGUUAUGCGUAGUCUGCAGAAGAACAUGUGUGACGCAGAACCAGAACAGGUUCUUUACAAUUCCAUGUUUGUGUGGAAUGAAUUUUUAAGUCGUGGCAUCCGGAACCUUCUCCACAAUACUAUUUGGACUGUUGCAUUAGUCUAUGGAUUUUUUAAACAAGAUACACACACUUUUUCUGGACGGAACUUUAAGCUUACUCUUAUUGCAAGACGAUCAAGACAUUAUGCUGGGACAAGGUAUUUAAAACGUGGUGUUAAUGAAAAAGGACAAGUUGCUAAUGAUGUGGAGACGGAGCAGAUUGUAUUUGAAGAUUCUCCUCAAGAGUGUCCUGCGCAAAUUAGUUCUGUUGUACAAAAUCGUGGGUCCAUUCCACUUUUCUGGUCUCAAGAAACUUCACGUUUGAAUCUCAAACCUGAUAUUAUAGUAUCAAGGAAGGACCAGAAUUAUGAGGCUACCAGACUUCAUUUUGAAAAUCUUGUCAAGAGAUAUGGAAACCCUAUAAUAAUUUUGAAUUUGAUAAAGACCCAUGAAAAAAGGCCCCGAGAGUCUAUUCUUCGUGCAGAGUUUGCGAAUGCUAUUGAAUAUAUCAAUAAAGACUUGUCAGAAGAAAGUCAUUUAAAGUUUCUUCACUGGGAUCUGAACAAGCAUUCUCGGAGCAAAGAGACAAAUAUCUUGCUAACUCUAGGAAAACUGGCCGCAUACGCAUUGACACUUACUGGUUUGUUCUACUGUGAAGUUGCACCUGACUUGACUUCGGGAAGUUUAAAAUGGCCUUACUUUGAGAAUGUUGUUGCUCCGGACAUAACCUCCCCAAGAAAUUGCAAUAGUUCCAAUGGUAGACUAUGUGAUAGUGACAAUGAGGACAUAAAUAACCCGGAAUUGAGGCAAACUUGUGAUAGUUAUGUUGCCAAUGGGAGUCACAAUAUCAAACCGCCUUUGUUCCAAAAAGGAGUUCUUAGGACCAACUGCAUAGACUGCUUAGAUCGAACUAACGUUGCACAAUAUGCAUAUGGGCUGGUUGCUCUGGGUGAGCAGCUACAUGCUUUAGGAUUGAAAGAAGAUUCUUCUAAAAUUGACCUCGAUGACCCUCUGGCUGAUGAUUUAAUGAAGUUAUAUGAAAGAAUGGGCGACACACUGGCACACCAGUAUGGUGGUUCAGCUGCACAUAAUAAGAUUUUCUCCCAGAGGAGAGGACAAUGGAAAGCAGCAACGCAAUCCCAAGAAUUCUUUAGAACUCUUCAACGGUAUUACAGUAAUGCCUACAUGGAUGCAGAGAAACAAAGUGCCAUUAAUGUGUUCUUGGGGCAUUUUAAGCCACUAGAUGGAAAACCCGAAGUCUGGGAAUUGGAUACCGACCAGCGUUAUAAUGCAUAUCGCUACGGUCAACAAUACGCUGAUGAGAAUGCAAGGUCAUUUAUCCACAGAUCAUUGUCCGAGAAUAUACUUCAUGAAAGCAGUUCCCUGAUGUCAAACUCAAAUAGCAAGGGUUUAUCUAAAUCUGCCCUUUCUGACAGAUGCCAAGAAGGAAGCAAGGUGUUUGGUGAAUCAACAACAGAUGUUUCAGCUUGUGAAACUGACUUGAGCUUCUCAAGGUAUACACAGCAGAUGCCGCCCAGGAAGCUUUUCCCUGACGGGCAAAAUGACAGAUGCCUCCAGUGUGACAGUGGGGAUGCCCUUGACUGCUCAAAUUUUGUUGACCUAGAUUGGCUUUCCUCUUCUGCAAAUUCAUGUGAUGAGUUGUUUGACAGGUCAGCGCUCACAAGUUCACCAAUUGCUAUGUUGUCAUCGGAAAACAUUGCUAGUGAGCCAGUAGCAGGAACAAGUACAUCCACGAGUGGAUAUGGAUCCACAAUGAAGGUGAUGGAAAUGAGUGGCACAGAGGUAUCGUAUGAUGGUCAUAACAAUAUUGAUGUUGCAGAGGACUUUUCAGACAGUUUUGCUCGCUGGGUAAACUCCGGAGAGACGCUCUGCCAUUGAAAUCAGCUAAAAAUCACACAGCACUAAGCAUUGAAAUUGAGCUUGUUCAGAAGUGGCGUCCUCGUGAGCAUCACUUAAAUUUCAGACGGAUGAAAACCAAAACGAAUACUUUUAUAUACCAGCCUUUAGAUAUGUGAUAGUAUAUAGUCAAAUAUAUAUUACCCUCACUAGUGAUUUCAGUGUUAAUUUGACUUGUGAACCCCUUGCACAAAGACUAUAGUAUAAAAAAGUAAAUGAGUUGCCAUUCCUUUUGUAGCUUUCUCUGUUUUGUGACUACUGUUGUAAAUAUUGUAUAUCUUUAUAUAACUUGGAGCUUUGCUGUUAA